AUGCGUGGAUUUAUUGUUUUAUGCCUAUCAGCUGUGGCUUUGGCUGCUCCACAAGGAUACAACUAUAAUCAGCAAAUUUCAUCAGUUGGAUCAUCAGGAUUAGGAGGAAGCUACCCAUCAUCCAUUGGUUCUUCAUCGAGCUAUUUCAGCGGUGGGCAUCAACAAAUUCAACCUCAAACUUCAUUCGGCCAUGGAUCACCAUCAAGCAGCUAUCUCUCACCACAUCAUCAACAACCUCAAAGACAAGAACCAAUUGUAUCGAAACGUUUCUUUAUCCACUCUGCCCCAGAAGAGAAUGAUGAAGAAUACAGAGAAAAGCACAUUACAGUUGGAACUCCAAGAAAGAACUACAAUGUAGUCUUCAUUAAGGCUCCAGCUAAGUCAACCAAGAAGACUGUCGUCAAGAUUACUCCAGCUGUUAAUGAAGAUAAGACUGUCAUUUAUGUUCUCAACAAAAAGACUGAUGCUGCUGAUGUUCAUGCUGAAGUCUUGGAACCACACACUUCUACCACCAAACCAGAAGUUUACUUCAUCAAGUACAAGACACCAGAAGAAGCUGCACAUGCUCAGGAACAAAUUCAAUCUCAGUACGAUUCUUUGGGUGGAUCUAGCCAGGUUACCGAUGAAGGUUUUGCUCCUGUGACAUCUGUUAUUGGAUCUCUUGGUAGCAAUAGUGUAGAACAAGGACAUGGAGGACAUGGUCAACAGUCGGGUAGCUACAGCCAACAUGCUGGUCACGCUAGCAGUGCAUAUUUACCACCCCAAUUCUAAGGAGGAAGUUAUUUAUCAUAUCAAUGUAAAUAGUCGGCUUUUGUAUGAUAUUAGAAAUUAUUAAGUUUUUUGU